GUAAUUUUAUCGGUCAUUUCAAUAAUGUCGUUAUGCUUUUAAAAUACCUUUGGUCCAUCGAGAAGAUUUAGAAAUUUAAUAGAAAAGGCGUGUCAUGGGUGACGAAAGAGAAAACAGACGACUUUUUGAUGCCUCAAUCUCUAAACCAUCUUAUCAAGACUAUGGCGCGAUAAACGAUACGACUAAUUGUAGUCCACCCUUAAAGGCAUAUGAGAAUAAUAUUAUUCAAGGCACACCACAUAUAGACGCAAAAAAACCAUUCCAUUUCGAUUCUGGACUCGGUUCCGAUAAAUCAUUCCAACAAACCUAUGAUCAAGAUUCGUCCAAUCUGACUCCCAUCUUGAAAUACGAAUAUAACGGUAAUUUAGUCAACGAUUACAAUAGUUCUCGUCAAAAUUCGAAUGGUGGCGAAUACAAGGAUUCCAACAUUCCCAAGGACGACAUAACACCUGACGAGAUAUUGACGGUAGUUCGGAAAGAGGGUUCCGUAUUUUACAAACGAUUAAUCACGGUGUUUACCUUGUGGAAUACAAUGGUGGGGUCUGGUAUGCUGGCAAUGCCAUGGGCAUUUUUCCAGGCCGGAUAUAUAGCUGGGACUGUAUUUAUAAUAUUAUUCGGGUUCCUGGGCUUCUUCACUUGCUACUUAAUACUCCGACAAUCACACAAUAUAAAGACUCAAUUAAAAUUUCGCGAUCUUCCCGAUUUCAGCGACGUGUGCGGAUAUUAUAUAGGUCCAAGAUGGGGUAGACAUUUUAGUUCAGUGAUUUCGAUAUUUUUAUUGACUGCCGCAAUGCUGGUAUACUGGAUAUUAAUGAGCUCCUAUCUUUACGACAUUGUAAUUCACUUCUAUAGUCUAUAUUCGCAGCUUAAUCCAAGCUCUGUACCACCACAUCUAUCGAUAUACCAUAUCUUUCACGGAAAUGCAUCAAAUAUGCAACAGCCUCAAUACAAAAUAGGAAAAAAUAUCUUCUAUAAGGUAAUGGGUCAGUCCAAUACCUCAAACACGAGUUGCCCUCAGGUAUACACUUGUAGGACUCAAGGCAGUAAUACGGACCCCCAGGGGGUAUUAUCAUGGUGGUCACAGUAUCGUACCGCACCCCUGGCCCUAAUUCUCUUGCUAUUCCCCCUGAUGAAUUUCAAAUCGCCCAAAUUUUUUUCACGUUUAAAUAGUCUCGGAACGGUUUCCGUGAUAACGAUAAUAGCUUUCGUGACUCGAAAAUGUCUUGUUUGUUAUUUUUCCUCCGACUCUUCGUCCUUCGUUGCUCCUACUCAAUCAUCAUUCGUUCCUUUUUCACCGUCCUUUCCAAAGCUGACCGGUAUACUGGCUCUGGCUCUGCUCAUUCACAACGCUUUUAUACCUAUAUUCAACGUAGAAACAAAUUUCAGGCCCCUACGCGCCAUGGCUCACGAUUUAGCCGCGGGUUACUUCCUAGCCACCUUCACUUACCUUUUCGUAGGCUUCGUAUUUUACUACGGUUUCGUUCGGGUCGGCCACGGUGGCGAUCUCUUGACAUGCCCCCUUAGAGACAAUUUUCUCGAAAACGUUCCUUAUUCCGACACCUUCGCUUGCGCCGUUCGAUUGCUAUUACUUUUUCAAAUGGCGACGGUGUUUCCUCUCGUAGCCUACUUGGUACGGGUCCAGGCUCACUCGCUUUUGUUUCAAUCGCUGGAGCGGCCAAAAUUAACCGAUCGAGGGGAAGACUUGCUCUCAACUAAACAAUCGUCUCAUAGAAAAAUUAUGGAAGAACAAGAACCAUUACUUACUGACGAUCGUUUAGAAAAUAACGGUCACAUUUAUAGAUUUUCCGCAUUGUCUUCAACGGAUCCUAGAUACUUGUUGCCACUUAACACCGUGCUGGUAUGUAUCUGUUUGGUUUUCGCGAUGUUCCUCCCCAAGAUAGGCUAUAUUUUAAGGUUUGCCGGCGGUUUCUGCGGAUUUAUUUACAUAUUUUUGUAUCCAUGUAUUGUUUGGGCCCUUUCAUUAAAAGAGUGCGGUCAAAUAACUCCUUUAAAAUUGACGAUUAUAUUUGUAUUGAUAUUAUUAGGCGCCUCAAAUUUUGUAUCUCAAUUUUUUAACUAAAAGUAUAUAAAUGUAUUAUUUUUUUUCGCGAAUUUU